AUGACUACCUUAAACCACACCAGUGUCAGCCACACAGUCUUCCAUUUGCUGGGCAUCCCUGGUCUUGAGGACCAGCACCUGUGGAUUUCCAUCCCCUUCCUCAUUUCCUAUGUCAUCACCCUGCUUGGGAACAGCCUGCUCAUCUGCAUCAUCCUCACAAAGCGCAUCCUCCAUGAGCCCAUGUACCUCUUCCUCUGCAUGCUGGCCGGAGCAGACAUUGUCCUCUCCACAUGCACAGUACAUCAGGCCCUGGCCAUCUUCUGGUUCCGUGCUGGGGAGAUCUCCCUGGAUCGCUGCAUCACUCAGAUCUUUCUCCUGACUUCUACUUUCACGUCUGAGUCAGGGAUCUUGCUGGUGAUGGCGUUUGACCGCUACAUUGCCAUAUGCUACCCACUGAGAUACACCACUAUCCUUACACACAGACUGAUUGGAAAAAUAGGCAUGACUGUCCUUCUGAGAAGUUAUUGUACAGUUUUUCCUGUAAUAUUUCUUCUGAAAAGGUUGACUUUCUGUAAGAGUAACAUCCUCCCAAACACUGCUUGUAAACACAUUGUCCUGGCCCAUGUUUCCUGUGAUGACAUACGAGUAAAUACCUGGUAUGGUGUUUUUGUCCUAAUUUCAACAUUGGUUAUGGAUGUUGUGCUAAUUCUUAUUUCUUACAUGCUGAUUCUCCAUGCUGUCCUGCACAUGCCAUCCCAAGAUGCUCGUCUUAAAGCUCUCAGCACAUGUGGCUCCCAUGUGUGUGUCAUCCUCCUCUUUUAUGGGCCUGGGAUCUUCUCAGUGCUCACUCAGCGGUUUGGACACCACAUCCAACCCCAUAUCCAUGUCCUGCUGGCCAAUGUCUAUACUCUGGCUCCUCCUAUGCUGAACCCCAUCAUUUAUGGGAUCAAGACCAAACAGAUCCGGGACCAGCUGGCUCAUGUGUUCUUUUCAAAACAGAAAUGA